GUAGAUCUUUAUUCUUUCGACAGCUCGCACCGAGUACUCAACGCAGACCAUAAUGUCGAAAUUGGUGGUGUUGUUAUGCGUAGUGGCGAUGGCGGCGGCCAAGCCCGGGCUAGUGGCGCCAUUGGCAUACAGCGCGGUGCCGGCAGUCAGCUCGUUGUCGCAGUACAGCUCCAGCGUGUACCAUGGCACGCCGCUGUACGCGCCCUCCCUCUACCAGGCUUCGUACGUCACCCCCGCUGUGGCUGCUCUCUCUCAAGCGCCCAACUCUCCGGCCGUGGUACUCGACGCAGUCAAUGGCGUACCCCUGGACACCCCCGAAGUCGUCUCCGCUCGCCUUGCCCACUAUCAGGCGAAGGCACUCUCUGGCGUCCACCAUCUCCGCAAGCGUUCCGUCGCGCCCCUGACUUACAGCACUCUCGUCUCCCCUGUCACCCACGGCGCUGUCGUAUCCCCUGUCGCUCCUCUCACCUACUCCUCUUACUCUCCCUACGUAUCCGCGUACUCUGCGCCCACUUUGGUGUCAUCUCCUCUUACUUACUCCGCUGUACUCCCUAAAGCUUACGGCGUCCACGCUUGCUGUAUUGAGACUAGUAUAAAAACGAUAUACUACCCAAAAGAAAGCAUCAGUUUGUUAUUUACGUCUGAACUAACACAGACCACGAUGAAUUCGCUGGUGGUGUUGUUUUCAUUGAUGGCUUUAGCCACGGCAAAGCCUUCACACCUUGUGGCUUUCUCUGGUGCACCAUCGGCCUAUACAUCGGAAUCCAGAGUCGAUGUCCACUCAUCGCCUUCGAUUGUGACAUCAGCCGCCGUCGCUCCGGUCGCUCGGACAUACGUCGCCGGUCCCGCAUUCGCCGCUGCUAAUGGUGCCUUUGCUGCUCCUGCAGCGUACUCUCAGCACUCCCGUGUGGACUACGUGAAGUCUUCGCCGGCUGUAGUGAGCACCUAUGCUGCUGCUCCCGCUGCUUUUGCUACACCAGUCGUUGCAGGCCCUGCUGCUUCAUCAUACCAGUCUCGAGUGGACAUCAAGUCCUCUCCCGCUGUAGUCAAUACUUACUCUGCUGCCCCAGUAGUUUCAUCUGCGGCUAUCGCUGCUCCAGCGGCCUUUGCUGCUCAAGCUGCUUUUGCUGCUCCCGCUGCUAUCGCCGCUCCUGCUGCGACCUCAUAUCAAUCUCGUUUAGACAUUAAAUCAUCACCCACGGUAGUCAACACUUACUCAGCAGCUCCCGUAGUUGCACCCGCAGCUAUUUCUGCCCCUGCCGCUAUUGCAGCUCCUGCCGCAACAUCUUACCAAACUCGUUUGGACAUUAAGUCAUCUCCUGCCGUAGUUAGCACUUACUCAGCAGCUCCCGUUGUUGCUCAAGCGGCCUUUGCUGCUCCCGCUGCUAUCGCUGCUCCUGCCGCGACCUCAUAUCAAUCUCGUUUAGACAUUAAAUCAUCUCCCGCCGUAGUCAACACUUACUCAGCAGCUCCCGUAGUUGCACCCGCAGCUAUUUCUGCCCCUGCCGCUAUUGCAGCACCUGCCGCAACAUCUUACCAAACUCGUUUGGACAUUAAGUCAUCUCCUGCCGUAGUUAGCACUUACUCUGCCGCUCCCGCGGCUUUUGCCGCUCCUGCCGCAAUUGCAGCGCCUGCCGCAACAUCGUAUCAAUCAAGAUUGGACAUUAAGUCCUCUCCCGCCGUAGUCAGCACUUACUCAGCAGCUCCCGUAGUUGCCCAAGCAGCUUUCGCCGCCCCUGCGGCUAUCGCAGCUCCGUCCGCUUCGUCUUAUCAAUCUCGUUUUGACAUUAAAUCGUCUCCAGCUGUAGUCAGCACUUACUCUUCUGGUCCCAUUGUGGCCCCAGUUCGUGCUGCUUAUGCUGCUCCUGCGGCUGUUGUAGCGCCUGUUUCAACCCCUGUUGCCGCAUCAACUUACCAAUCUCGUGUUGAUGUAAAAUCUUCUCCUGCUGUUAUCAGUACAGUUGGUGCUGCUCCCGUAGCGUACUCUGCUCCCAUAGCCACUGUUGCUUACAGAGCCCCAAUCGCAACAACCGCGUAUGCUGCUGAAGGCUGUGCGCAAGGUGUUGUAGAAACACCUGAAGUGGCCGCUGCCCGCGCUGCACAUUUGCAAGCAAAAGCUCUCGCAGAAGGUCACUUCAUUCAUAAACGAUCAGCUGGUUUGGUGGCCACUUUGCUGGGAGCAGGAUUAGCAACUGAAUCAUCAUCGCACCAAUCUCGUGUUGAAAUUAAGUCAUCGCCUGCCGUCGUCAGUACCUACUCCGCUGCUCCGGUUCUCUCAACAUAUGCUGCAGCACCAUUCGCCUACGCCGCGCCGAUCCAAACCGGAGUAUACGGCGUACACCCGUGGUGAGCUUCAUCGUGGAAAUGGGGAUCGUUGAUUCUCGGUUCAGAUACAUCGAACGACUGAAAUUAUUUGUACAGAAAUAAACUAAAAAAACAUAAAAUAUAA